AAUUAAUCAAGAUGGAAAAGGAAAUAUCUAUCUCUAGCAGUCAAGGAGAGAAGAAGAUAAAGAAGGAAUCUAGCUCAGAAAGGAAGAAAGUAAGCAAGCAAAGAAGGACAGAAAGCAAUAGAAUGAGAUCCCUGAACUAUAGAAAAAGGAAGAAGGACCAUUAUAUCUUCCUUGAGAACAGAGUAAAGGAAUUAGAAAAUGAAGUAUCUGAGCAAAAGCAAAAGCUUGAUAAGUUCAAGCAGGUUUUUGAUUCACUUAAUAUUCUCGAUUCCACGAGAGACUCAAUUAAUAAAUUUAUCCAGGAUGAAAACUUCUCUUUCCGUGGGAUCCCGAAGUUAAUUGAGAAAGCACCUGAGUUGGUAAAUCCCAUUAUGAUAGAUGAAAGUUUUAAUAGCGUGGGUCCAUUUGGCACCCUAAGAAUUUUGAGACUUAAAUAAAGCCUUUAAACUGAUCAUUGACGAUGUCCUACCAAUAAAUUUCAAGCUGAUGCUAAAGUGAUUUAAUGAAAAGACAAAUGAAGAAAUGAUCCAUAUUGCGAAAUCUGGCCUGAAUAGAACUAGAACCCAGACUAAGUACAUGGCUAAAGAUGAGAAAUUAUCUGUUGAUACCUUGAUUGCUCUGCCUAACUACACUAAGGAAUUCAUUGAUAGCUGGCCCUCAGUUUUACCGUUGAUUCGUAAGCACUUGAUUGAACUGAAAAAUAUUGUAAGAGACCUUGUAAAAUUGCGAAAUAAGUUAUUCAAAAGGUUGUCCCAAGCGCAUCAAACAAUUAACAACGAGCACCUUAAAUUUUCCAAAUUUGAUUUUGCCGAACUUGCUAAAAUGGCUUUGAAAGCAGAUGAUAAAGAUAGCUUAUUAAACCCAUUCGACCUCUACAAUAUCAGGAAAAGACAGAAGACUGAUGAGAAUGAUUAUGAGACCAACAGUGAGUUUACUGAACAAUGUCCCUCUGAAAUAUAGCCAAGACCAAACUUGUGCUACUCGAAUGAUUUGAGCUAACUUUUCUUGCUAUUAAAAAGCACCAAUAGUAUUUAAUUUCAAUAUUUAUUUUAUACAGAGGGG